AUGAACGGUGCCAGAAAUGGACAUUAUAUGAUCCAUUCUUUGUCGCUAGAUCUACAAGGCAAUAAAAAUGCCUUAGGCAGGCUUUGUCUCCAUAAGCAUGCUCUCCUGCACUCUCUGGAGCUUGUCUUACACUUCAUCCUCAUUGUCAUGUCGCCGUCCAAGCGAAAUCUAGUCCUUCCUUCAUCUAUGGCUUCACCUAACCGAAUCUUUCUGUCGUCCAUUCCCAUUAUGUCUUGCCCGAAAACAGAGGGUCACUCAGGAAUGUACUCGCAACCACAAGAAAUUCGACCUUUUGUUGUUUCCAAGGAAUUUGCACUGCGUAGCAAUUCAUACAUUAUUAAUGACAGACACAAGGCCCGAAAAGAGAAUGACCCCUUGGAGCACUACUCAAACACUAGAUCAUCACCAAGGGUUGCAACUACGCUGGCUGAUCCCAUCGAUCCAAGCAUAAAUACCUGGUCUUCUUCUAAUUCCGUUACUAGUACCGAAGGAUCGACUGUAGCCACAUCGUUAUCUUCUCAGAAUAGUCUCCUGUUGUGCUCCUCUCGAGGUUUUUUGAUGACUCCUCAAUCCUUGGUCGAGUCUGUUCCACACUCCAAGCCAACGGCCCUUUCUGGUCAACUUCCAAAACCAAUCCAUCACACCCCUAGUCACAGGGGAACCACAUCCUCGUUUACCAGUGCAAUACCCACUGCACUCUAUUAUGGCUCUCGUCAAGUACGAAAAUACCUCCGAGCAGUCAUCACACCACAGUCAAAGAGCGAUUUUGAAGAUAUGCUCCAGCACGGGUUUAUUUGUAGUCAUACAUACACUCCAAAUGAUGAUGAAUGUUCUGUGCGCACCACCACCACCCAUUACUACGAUGCUCUUGACAGUCUUUCUAUUCAGCCCUGCAAUCGAUGCGGGCCCGACCAUCGCCAGAUGACGCUCCGCAUCACCCUAACUCCCUGGCAUUGUCGUGCCACAGAAACCGAGAUUUAUGGACAGCCUUCAGCUGCACGCAACGCACACGGUCUUUCUGUGGUACUCAAUAAAAGCAUGUCUACCGCAUCUAAACUAUCGUCUAGCUGGUUAUCUAGUACUGUUUCUCAAACGCGUAGCGACAUUAUUUCUUUUCGCCAGCAACCCUUACCUACUGUUACCCAGUCUGCCCCAUUAGUACAUAAAUCAGAUAGAAGUAAAAAAGACACGAGAAAAGAUAUGGGAAAAUCCCAGAAUGUUGUCCCCGUUCAGUCUCAUUCUACAGCACUAGCAUUUGGUUCACGCUGCUCGUAUACUAGACAAUCAAAAGAAACCCGCAUUUAA